AUGCUUAUUUUUUCCCUCUUUUUUUAUACCUUCCUAUUAUUUCACUGUGUGGUUUCAAUUCAAGAAGUUUCAUUUCGAGAUCCAAACAUUCAAUAUGUGGGUCGAUGGCAUUCAUCAUCUACUGAAAUCAAAAGCGGCUGGCCCGGUGCUUACUUUAAAGUAAUAUUAGAAAAGACUCGUUCAAUUAAAUUAAAAUUGACUCGACCUACAUCUCUAGCAGUACAAAUCAACAAGUCAUCUUUUAUCUAUUUUAACAAUAUAUCAAACAUAAUUGACAUUACUCCUAAUCAACUUCAAAAUGAUGGACCUCAUGAAUUAUUUGUAGUCGCUACUAAUAUUCCUGACUAUGAUUUUUUUUCUAUUCAGUUACAAUCUAUUCUUCUUGAUGAUACAGCCAUCACGGUUACCCCUCCACCUUCUUCGAUUACAAAGCCUCUUGUUGAAUUUGUAGGUCAUGACUUGACUUUAGGAAUCAGAACUACUCAUAAUUUAUUGACAAGUUUUGCUUGGAUAACGAGUGAAUUCGUCGAUUUAGAACAUUCACACAUUGCUUAUCCAAACGCUACAUUAAUUGACGGCUUGGACAAGAAAUAUUUCAAAGAGUCAUCAUCACCUUGGUCUGUCGUAGUUUUGUUAGGCUCAAAUGAUUACCGAACACACUAUUCAUCAAGUGAAUAUUACAAUACAUUAAUUUCAUUUUUGAUAAAUGUACGACAAAAGCUUGAUGAGGAUGCACCUAUCUUUAUUUUGUCAGAACCUCUUGGGGAUAUGUUUCGUCCUUCUCAAGAGGCAGUGUAUCGUCGAAGCGAUCAACAUAUUUAUUUUAUUGAUACUACAUCUUGGCUUAGAUAUGGUUCUACUUAUUACAAAGAUAAUAACCAUUUAACUGAUGCUGGUCAUGAAUUAUUGGCCAAGAAACUAGCACCUCUUCUUAAAAUCAAAUUAACAAAUCCUCGUGAUCCAUUACCGGGUCCUCCUCCUAACCCAAAUUUGCCUGGUGAUUGGCAAACAAUAGAUGUGGGUAGAGAAGACUGUAUUGGUUUACCAGGCACAGUCUCCGCUGAUUCAGGGUCCACUUUUACUCUAUGGGGUUCAGGAGCUGAUAUUGACAAUGACAAUGACGCUUUUCGAUUUGUCUAUCAACCCUUCUCUAGUCAAGGCAUGAUCGAAGGCACGGUACGAUCUCAUUCUGCCUUUGCAAAAUGUGCUAAAGCAGGCAUCAUGAUUCGUGAGCAUUUAGGACAUGGAUCUCCACUUAUUAUGCUUGGUAUUUCACCAGCAGAUGGUAUCUUUCUUCAAGUUCGAUAUGGUAAUUUUGAAUUGACUCAACUGAUCAAAAAGAUGAGGGCAUCUCCUCCUUAUCGACUUCGAUUAAUUCGACAAAAACAAAAUCGUGAUAUGUUUGAAGCUCAAAUUCGACAUGUAGGUUCAGAAGGAGGAAGUGAUGAUGGAGAAUGGGAAAGCCUGGUGCAGGUGCCAUUAGUAUUAGCUCAAGAUGUAUAUGCAGGUUUAGCAGUAACAAGCUGCGAUACUUCUGUUGUUAGUGUAGCUAAAUUUACUGAGGUGGGAUUGUACCACAGUGUCUCCAUCAAGGAUACUACCGUUCGUUUAAUAAACCAACAGCAAUAA